AUUUUCUGAAAAUUACAGAUGAAUUUCUUAAGAUGAAUAAGGAGAAAAGCAUUUUUUAUACUUUUGUUAAUACAAAAUUUCAAAAAGAAAAUCAUCCUAAAUAUUUUUAUUUUUAGUGCUCAAUGAUUAAUGAAUUUCUAAAUCGGUUCGAUAAAGAUAUAACAGAAUAAGAGGUUUAUGCAAUUCUAAACGCAAUUUAAAAUGGUUUAUUUUAUGUAGAGGACCAAUUCUUUUAAAAAACAAAACAGGAAACUUAUACUUAAGAGGAGGAGCAAUAUAUAUUAGAUGUCUAUUAUAAAUUGUGUGAAAAAUUAAGCAUAAACUUAAAAAAUGAUAAAUAAACAAAAGCUCUAUGCUAAAUGAUGAAAUAUAUUAAAAGAUAUAGUUUUUCAGUUUUAGAUUAGAUCAAUCAAUAAUUAUUGACAUCCAAAGAUUAAUAAAUUAAUUUAGAAUAAAAACUUUACUAUACAUUGUUUUUAGUGAAGGCAGGGAUAAAUUAUUUUCCUUCAAUCAUAUAUUAAGUAUUGCUUUACAUAGAUUUAGCUAAGAGAUGAGGUUCUAUCAAAUGAGAAUAUUUUAAGAUUGCCUAGUUCUUUAUUAUUUUAAUUAUUUGAAAUAUUUGGAAGAUGUAAUAGGGUAGCAUUAUGCUCAACUGCAACUUAUAAACUAUUUACAACAAUUAUUCAAACAGCCAACUAUUCAUAGUUAAAUCUAACCUAAUAAGUGCUCCUACUUUAUUAUGGAUCGAAAACUUUGACCAUCUAACAUGGCACAUUAAAACCUUUGAUUGAGUAAAAAUUAAAAGAAUUAGAUUCUUUAAAAGGAACAAAUUUUAAAAUAUUUCUUUUGACUUUAUAUAAUACAAAUUAUAAAAGUUUAGGUUCUUUAAAAAAUUUAUAGAAAAUAAAAAUAAGAUUCGAAGAGAUUGAAAAAACUGCUCGUUUUUCAAAAGAGGAAUUACAAUUUUUUAAUGAUUUAAUUUAUUGUUUAUGA